UAAUGAAUAUUGUUGUGCAUGCAUCACCUGACCUGUCACUGCAUGUGAGAACUGUGAGCUUUGAGUUUUUUCCCCUGCAUGCGCUACUAUAACAAAGUUUUGUUUCAAUGUCUGAGAGGCUAAGAACUGUUAUCAAGACUAUCGAUGAUCUCAAGUUACCUUAUAGAGUGGCACUCAACCAAGCUGGCGAGAUAAUUGUGACUGAAUACAAUGCUGGUAUUGUCUCGAUAUUUAGCCCCACAGGAGACAAGCUGCGAACAUUAGACACUCGAGGCACAGCUGUUGGGGAGAUGAAGGGUCCUCGUGGUGUGGCAGUGGACGGUGAUGACAACAUUCUGGUGGUGGACGGUAGUUUUGACGGUAGUAAUGAUCGACUGUUGAAGUUCUCACGUGGAGGAGACCUGAUAGCAGCAGUAGGUAGUCAUGGUGAUGGUCCUGGACAGUUUAACAAUCCAUGUGGUGUGUGUGUCAACAGUGUCAAUGGGAAGGUGUAUGUGGUUGAUAAUGGUGCUUUCUGUGUUUAUAUCUUCAACUCUGACCUGACCUUUUCCAGCAAGUUCGGAUGCUCUGGCACUGGUAAUGGACAAUUUAACAAUCCCUGGGACGUUGCAUUCGAUCGUAGUGGUUGUGUGUAUGUGGCUGAUUAUAGUAAUAAUCGAGUGCAAGUCUUCACACCCGAUGGUGACUAUCUGAGGCAGUUUGGGAAGCGAGGCAAGGGAAAGGGAAAACUUAACUACCCUGUCUGCAUCUGUGUGGACAGUGAUGAUCUGGUGUAUGUGGGGGAGUAUGGGAACAAUCGUGUCUCCGUGUUCACGUGUGAGGGAGUGUUUCUCAAGUCGUUUGGAUCAGACGGAUCUGGACCAGGACAGUUCAACCGUCCUUUUGGCAUAGUAGUAGACCAGUGUGGUGUGGUGUAUGUGUCCGAUCAGGGCAAUAAUAGAGUGCAACUAUUUUCCUAGUUUAUUAAAUUUGUUUUGUAAUAAUUUAUUGCUAAUAAAUAUUGAAAUUGGAACCAGUGAAUUCU